AACCAGCAAAGCGUGUUUCAGCUGAUUAGCCCAACGAAAUGUAUCGCCGCAUAGAACAACUCGCCGUUGCAACGCUGUUUGCGCUCGCCUUACUAGUCCAGCAUAGUGGCGCUACAGAACAGCCAAGGACAUGUUACACCUGUGAGGGUAUCAAUUGCCAAAGAACUUCGAUCAUGAAGGAGCAAAAGUGUUUAAAUAGCUUGGACUAUUGUGUGACUGUGUUUAGUAAAUUUACCGUUGUGCAAAAGGGCUGCUCCCUCGAGGUGCCAAUUGAGCUGCGCCGUCGCUGUGAUGCCAACACGGUCGAGUGUCAUAAAUGCAACACGGAUCGCUGCAACAAUUUAGGUCAACCGAAUUAUCUCUGCUUGCAGUGUGACUCCAGCAAUGAUGCCAAUUGUGCCAAUAAUGUGAGCGCUCUCACGCCUAUGCGCUGUUCCUCACCGACCGCAACCAACUCGUAUUGCUUUGUGCGUUAUGACGGCGGUGUCACCACACGUGGCUGUUCCACAACUUUGGCCGAUCAACGUAGCUGCUAUGCGAAUGCCAAUUGUCUGCUUUGCUCACCCGGUGACUUCAAGGGCUGCAACAGUGUGGACUUUCAACCCGGCACGCGCGCUCUGAGACUUUAGGGAGUGUUGUGUGAAUGUUAUACUAUGAGUGGUUUUGUGUAUGUCUUUGUAAACUUUAAAGAAGCUUUUAUGUUCGAGUAUAAUAAAUAAAAUAUUAAUUAAGAGGUUGCAUUUGUAA